GGGGUACCCGCUGUCUGAUUAGUUGUAAGCAAGCAUUCAUAGAUUCUAUACUUGUAGGUGCACGUUAUUCUCUGUUUCAGGAACCAUUCACUCAUCCUUUCCGUUGUUCCUCUUUACCAGUCUCCCAGCCCGUUUUGAUCUGGGGCUGUUUUGGAUUCUUUCCUGCCCUCCACUCAACACCUCCCACUCGGUACUAAGGAGAUACUCAUCUUAUCAUGGAGCCGUCUGGGAUUACUUCAGAUACGGAGGAUCUACUUUUUCGUCCUCAUGUGGGUGUCAAGGAGAGCCAGCUACCAAGCGAACCAACCCUGACUGAUCAUGUCCAGGCCACGGACACCCCAGUAGGCUCUUCUCAGCCCGUUAUUGGCGGAGUGGAAGCUAAUUUGGCUGGUUCUGUUCAGACCUUGAAUAACGAAGCCGAAUUUUCUGACCAGCUAGCGGUUGGAGACGAAGAGGUCACCCCGACUGAGCUUAUCAAGGCUACAGUCAACCCAACUGCCUCUGCUGUUAAUACUGAAAAAGCUGCUCCAGCUGAUCCUGAACAGGUAACAGGCAACCCAACUAUCUCGUCUCAUCAGUCAAUUGCUGAAGUUGGACAAACUACCGGGGCUGGUCCUGUCCAGAUCACUGUCGACCAGACUAACUCUGCCCACAAGUCAGCUGUUGGUGAUGGAGCUAUAGCCACAGAUGCCCUAGUAACCUCUAUUCAUCAGUCCGCCACUAACAGUGAAGAGGGGAAGAGUAUGAAUGCUACAGUGGAUCUGGUUGCGCCCAAGGGAAAAAAGAAGAGAAAGCCCAAAUCCAAGGCUAAGCACGGCAGAGUACUUAAGACCCCCUGUUUAACUACGCUCACUUAUCUUAAUUAACCAUGCAUCAGGGUAAACCUACUGGAUUUGAGGAGUACUAUGUUGAUGCGCCUAUAACCCCAAAGGAGUUCGAGGAGGAGAAAGCACUUUAUGACAGGUAAGCGAAACAAUCUAGGAGAGAGAUGGCAACUAAUUUAAAUAUCUGGGGAAAAGCUCCAAACCUCUUAUCUAGUAAGUCUUGGUUGUAUCUCUGUGUCUUGAAAAUAUUGAUAUGUUUCUAGUUGCAUCGAGGAUGCCAUCCUACGCUACCAGAAGA